AUGACGACAGUCAUCGAAGGAAAGUUCAAUUACGGCGACACCAGCCUGUUCUCCAAGACGUGGAAGCCGCAGGGACCUAUCAAGGCCAAACUGGUCUUCGUUCACGGCUUUAGCGAACACAUCGACCGCUACAACGACUUCUUCCCCCAGUUCGCCAAGAACGGCAUACAGGUGUUCGCAUGGGACCAGCGUGGUUGGGGCCGCAGCGUCGCCAAGCCAGCCGACAAAGGCCUCACCGGCCCCACGUCGCAGGUGGUGCGCGACGUGGCCACGUUUAUUCGCGAUAGGAUAGAUGAGGAUGCAGGUGAUCCGCUGCGGCCGCCCAUGUUCGUCAUGGGCCACUCGAUGGGCGGCGGAGAGAUCCUGACGCUCGCGGGCGACACGCAGUACGUCCAGCUGGUCAACCAGAUCCGCGGCUGGAUUCUGGACGCCCCCUUCAUCGGCUUCACUCAGGGCGAGGAGCCCAGCAGCCUCAAGGUACUCGCCGGUCGGAUCGUGGCCCGUCUGCUGCCCUACAUGCAGCUGAAGCACGUGGUGCCGCCGGAACACCUUAGCAGGGACUCGGUCAUUGUCGAAUCGGUGCGCAACGACCCGCUUUGCCACAACACGGGCACUCUCGAGGGCCUUGCCUCGCUCCUCGACCGGACGGCUAGCCUGUCGUCGGGCCGCGUCACGCUAGGCAAGCAAGUACGAAGCAUUCUGCUUGCCCACGGCACCGGGGACCGCGUCUGCAGCUACGACGCCGCGGUGCAGUUUAUGGAGAAUCAGUACGCCGUCAAGGACAAAACGACCAAGACGUACGAAGGUGCCUACCACCAGCUGCACGUGGACCACUGCAAGGAUGCGUUUGCGAAAGAUGUGGUCAGCUGGAUCUUGGAGCGGUGCGAGAGCUCAGCCGGGGACGCGCCGUCUUUUGAUGCGAAGCUCUAA